CCCGAAUCCCGAAACAGUCGCUUCUUCUUUUGACAUGAGCCAUGGUGCGGACCUGGCACAGCGCAAGGCCGCAGGUCAAGCGAGGCCGAGGACCCACACGAGUUCCGAACGGCUCGAGCGCUUCGAGCUCGAAGGGAUCGAAGUCUGAUGCGGAGGUGGAGGACAUCAUGCAAGAGCUGGGGGCCUCCUGUCCUGAACUGUCCCUAGUGGUGGCGGAGUUCCAGGAGGAGCUCACCCACACCGACGGCUUCGCCACAGACGCGGCCUGGUGGCGCCACGUGGAGUGCCGCUUCGCGCUGCGCUGCCUGGUGCUGCGCCUCGAGGAGAAUCUGGAAUCGACGGCCCUGCGCUUUGAAGUUCCAGGUGAGCCCAAAUGGCAGAAGAUGAAGAUCAUGAGCCAACUUUUGGAAGCCUUUGAGCGCACCACACUGCCGCGCCUGGCCAAGUCUGCGCCGCCCCGCGGGGUGCAGGUGGAGAGGCGGUACAACCUGAAGCCCUCUGAGUCGGAGCUGAUGCGCCUGCUGGUGGUCCGGGAGAGCGCCACGAGCCGGGUGCUGUGUCGCUUUCUCUCGGAGCACAGCGACACCAACUCGGCGCUCUACAGCCUUUGCCGCAGCUCCAGGCUUGACGUGCAGGACUUCCUACAGGAGAAGCGGCCGUAUGUCACGGAAGGCAUCGUGAGAAUUCAGGAGGGCUACGGGGACAACAAGGAGGUCAGCGUUUCCCCGGAGGCGGUGCAUGCGCUUCUGGGCAAGGAGUUGUCCACAGAGCAGCGUUUGAAGCUCAGCUCCACGGUGAUCGAUGCAGUGAUCAAAGGGGACGAGCCGGAGGACGCCGCCAGAGACGCGGGCCGGGUGCGGAGCGUCGGAAGCGAGGCGGAGAAUGAGCCGGAGCCUGUCGAGGAGUCCUUGGCUGCCUCCGAGAGCCUGCAACCGGAAGAUGAGACCGAACUCCUGCAGCUCCCGUACAAGGACUCCCUGGAUUACCUCAAUGAUCAGUUCAGCUUGCUGGAGUGCGAGAUCCGCAUCGCGGAGCACCGGCGCCAGAGCACCAAAGAGGACGUGGGCGUCGAGGAGCCUUUCUUAUUGAGAUCGCGGAAGAUCAACGUCUUCGAGCAUGAGGCCAAGAGAAAGCUGGCCCUGGCCCGGAUCCACCACCGCCUGAAGCUGACAAAGGAGGCGGGUUUGGAGAUCCCGCGCUUGGAGACGCUCCUGCAGAAGACCAAGCUCGAUGACUUCGAGCGGAGCGUGGUGGUGAUGCUUGUGGGCAACACCUUGUCCCCGAAGAUCCAGGCCACCUUGAACGUGGGGGAGCGGCGCUUCUGCGUGAACGUGCCGCUCCAGGUGCGGGUGAUCCUGGAGACCUUCUGCCGGGAUUUCAAGGAGGAGGUGCAGAAGCGAGUCUACUUCUACAAGUCCGCCAGGUUGGCCAGCGCCGGCAUCAUCCGCAUCGGCGCGGGGGCGCGGUCGGGGGACCUCACGGGGCACACGGUGCACAUCGACCGCCGGAUCUUGGACUUUGUGGUGGGGCUGGACACCGAGAUCAACGAGGUGGUGGAAGGGAGCAAUCUCUACAAGCCGACAGCCACACUCGAGCAGCUGGUGUUGCCCGAGGAGAUGAAGCAAGGCAUCCUUGCGCUGGUGGACAACUUCGAGCAGUUCUGCAAAUAUCGGACAUCCUCUGGCCUGGAUGAUGUCAUCGCACAUGGGUCGGGCCUGGUCCUCAUGUUCUGCGGCCCCAGCGGCACGGGGAAGACGCUCAUGGUCAACGCCCUGGCCGCCCACCUCCGGAAGCGCGUGCUGCUGGUAAAUUUUAAGACCCUCUACAGCCAGAGCCAUGAUGCUGGUGCGCCGGAGGAGGACGGCUCCAAUGUGCUGAAGCUUUUCCGCGAGGCGGAGAUGAGUGAUGCAGUGCUCUUCUUUGACGAGUGCGAGUCCCUCUUCGCCCAGCGUUCGGGGGGCGGCAGCUCGGAGCUCACGGCGCUGCUGACGGCCAUGGAGCGAUAUCAAGGCAUCAUCUUCUUGGCCACCAACCGGCCUUUCGACCUGGACGAGGCCAUGUACCGCCGCAUCACCUCCGUCUUUACCUUCAGCAAGCCGGACCACCUGCAGCGCCUGGAGAUUUGGAAGCUCUACACACAGACCGGGGUGCCGGUGGCUACGGACAUCGACUGGGAGAAGAUCGCCCUGAAGUUUGCGCUGACCGGGGGAUACAUCAAGAAUGCCAUCGUCAGCGCGCUGCUUUUGGCAAUCUCCAGAGACAACACCAGCCCGCAAGUCAGCGAGGAGGACAUCACCGGAGGAUGCGUGAUGCAGGUGCGGGGGUCGCUGCAGAUGCAGAGCUUCGCCAAGCGCUUGGUGCCCCGUGCCGGGUUGGACUCCCUGGUGCUGGCGCCGGACCUGAAACAGAAGCUUCUGGAUAUCGUGGCGUUUGAGAAAGCCCGCCCUCUGCUGCUGGAGAACUGGGGCUUUGGUGAGAGUCAUGACGCCUCCGCAGACGUGGCGCGCCCGGUGGUCACCACGGCGCUCUUCUGGGGCGCCUCGGGCACCGGGAAGUCCGCGGCCGCGGAGGCGCUGGGCUUCGAGUUCGGGCGAGCAUUGAAGGUCGUGAACUUCCCUGAGGUCAACUCCGAGCUGAAAACCGCGCGUUCCAACGGCGGGUCCUUGGAAACCACUUUCGAGGAGGCCAGGGCGGCGGAUGCGGUCCUGGUCAUCGAAGGUAUUCGACCAGAGUGCUUCCUCGACGACUCGGAGACCCUGGACAGCACCUUUCAGCAGUUGUCCUUCCACAUCGAGCGCUUCUCCGGCGUGGUGCUGCUGCUGGUGACCUGUGAGGAUCUCUUCCGCAUGCAGCUGCUGCCGCAGGAGUUCGCGCGUCUUACCAAGUUCAUUGUCCUCUUUGACCACCCUUCUGCAGAUCAGCGGGAGGCGCUCUGGCGCUCUGCGCUGCCCACGCGCGUGCCGCUGGCGCCAGAUGUGGACUUCAAGGAGCUGGGGCGGCGCUUCGACUUGGACGCGGACGGCAUCCGCUCCUCGGCCUUCCGGGCCGCGGCCUGCGCGGUGCUGCGCACGGAGAAGCGGGUGUGCCUGGAGGACCUGACCUCUGCCGCAGAGCUGGAGAGGUCGUUGCUGGACAGAUCCAAAGGGGUGGUGGCAUGCCGGCCCUCCAUCGAAGAGUUCCUGCGCAAGCACCGCUACAGCGAAGUCCAGAGCUUCCACACCAUCUACCUGCUCACCGAAGAGCGGUCCGGGAGGAGGUCCUGGAAAGGCUGCGAGCGCCUGUGCUGGCGCUUGCAGGUCUCAGAGUUGGACCGUCUCUUCAUCCCCAUCCUCACGCUGGACGGGGUGGAGGGCUCCUACCCUGAGAUGUUCGACCAGCAUCCCAAGAACAUGGGGCUGUGCUUCGCCCAGAGCGGGCACAAGCUCUUGCUGCUGGAGGCCCAGGACAGGCUCAGCAGCAACGACCUGGAAGGGUCCAUGUACUUCACCCAGAACGGCAGCUGCGGAAUGCGCCCGGGGCACGUGGUCAAGCUGGAGCCGCUGGCGCAGAACGGCGCACGGGAGCUUGUGGUGGAUUUGACGGAUUGGGUCAAGCGCUUUGCGGAAUACUUCAAGGGCGACGCGGAGCAGACGCAGAUCCUCGAGGCCAAAGGCUAUGCCUCCAACUUCUUGGUGCGCUGCUCCACCCAGCAGGUCUCCAAGCUUCCGGUGAAAGCCGGGGAUGCCCUGACGGUGUACUUCACCGUGGCCUUCGUUGCGUUGCCGGCGGAGCCCAUGGUGCCGCGGCCCGCGGACGCGCGCGUGGGCUUCUUCACCAGCCCCAUCCUCGUGGGCGGGCCCUCGCAGGCCACGAGCGUCCAGCACGUGAUCUCCAAAUGGGACCUGGAGAGGCGGAAGGAGCUCCUCUACGUGAUCGACAAGUCGGUGCCGGAGAUCUACCACGAGACCAUCCAGCAGGGCGUUUUGGCCUGGAACCCCGCCUUCGAGCGCAUCCUCGGGCGCUCCGUGCUGCGAUGCGUAAAGCCGAAGGAUGAGCAAUACCCCGAGGAGUACGAGCCGGGGGACGGGCGCCACAUCGCCAUCUUCAUGACCAACCCCUCGCGGAAGGGCCUUCUGGGCUACGGGCCCAGUGCGGUGGACUACCGCAGCGGGGAGAUUUUGAUGGCCAGCGUGGUGCUGGGCUUGAAGCCGCACGUGCAGAUCCCCUCAGACUUCUCGGAGGCUUUGCUGCAGCCGAAGCGGAACGGGGACGUGGGCGACGUUGGCGAGGGGGGGUGCCGACUGCUGGACGCCGACGACCCGGACGUGCUGAAGGCGUUGCUGGAGACCACGGUGCACGAGGUGGGUCACACCUUGGGCCUUCGCCACAACUUCAUCGCUGCAGAGGACGGGGGCUCCUCCGUCAUGGACUACCCGGAUGAUUUGGACACCUCCAACCCGGACCAGCCAGUCUUCGGCGGGCAUUUCCUGGGAAGCCCCGGGAGGUACGAUCACUACGCCAUCACCUAUGGCUACGCGCCCUUAACUUCGGAGACCCGGGGCCAAAGGCACCCAAAGCUGGAUGUCUUGGCCAACGGCCAGGGCGUGGAUGAGGAGCUUUCUGCAGAGGCCCAGAACCCCUUGUUCGCCUCGGACGACGACGUGGGCGGCCUGGACCCCCGGGUGCAGCGGCGCUGCGCGCGGGGCGAGAAGAUGGGCCUGGAGAAGAUCCAGUGGUGCCUGGCGCGGCGCAAGGUGCUGCUGGAAGCCGUCCGGGCGAAACACGUGGAUUGCAACAUGUACAGCCAACGAGUGCUCGGCACCUUGGAGAUCGCCUCGCGCGCAGUGCUCUGCGCUGGCGCCUGGGUGGCCGGCGCCUGCGUGGACGCCAGCCGGCGCCGGGCAGAGCGUCCGCAGGGCGCGGAGCAGAUGGCGCGGCAGUACGUGGCGAUCGCGCUGCACCUGCUGCUGGGGCCCGUGUUCCGCCUAGAGAAGGCGGAGAGCGAGCACUUGCUCAGCAGGAGGGAGGGGGAGUACGGUCUCACAGCCACCAGCUGCCUGCAGCUGCAGAAGGCCGCCUGCGAGCAGAUCUUGGGGCACCUGCUGGCGCCCGCGCUGCUGGAGCAGCUGGAGUCCCAGAGGUCCACCUCGGAGGCGAUCUCCAGCUUCGAGCUGCUCUCGGCGCUGGCUUUCGGCCCAGCGACCGGCGCGGGCGGCGGCGCGGGCGGCGGCGCGGGCGGCGACGCGGGCGAGGGCUCGGACCUGAAGGUGGAUGGCUUGCUGAUGCCUUUGCAGCCCAAGUUGCAGCUGAAGAGCUUGCAGGCCGGGCAGCUUCAGCAGCUGGCGGCGGCCGCGGAGGACCCUUUGGCCUGCCAGGCGCGCUUGGAGUUUUGCGGCUUGGUGAAUCACCUCAUCCGUGACGACGGGGUGCAUGCGCUUGUGAGGUCCCACGCCAUGGCGCUGGUGCAGACGCUGGACGAGUCCUUGGCGGACCUCCGCGCGGCGGAGCUGGGGCCCUUGGCGCAGGCGCACUGGAGCGUCGUGCUCGAAGUGCUCAAGGAAAAGCGUCGGAACGUGGAGCCGCAGGGCGAGACCAUUAGCUUGGUCCUGGGGAAAAAGAGAGCGGGCAGCGUGCAGCCGACGAUUGGUCCAUUGUCCUUCCAGCAGACGCCCCAGUCUUCAGGGGUCAAAAUGAUUCACGUGGCAGCCUUUCACGUCUCAGACCACAAGAUUGCGGCGCGAAAAGCCGAAUCGCUGAAUGCAGCAGGAGGGCGCCUGUCCAUCGCGGCGAGGUUUCAAGCCGCCCCGGCCAGCGUUCUGGGGAGGAAGCACCUCCCGACUGCAAAGAAGGAGGAGUCGGAGAACCCAGGUGACACCCCAGCCGGGGUCACAGAGGUGGGCUGGGCUUGGCAUGAGGAGGCGCGCCUGGUCGCCAGAUGCAGGGUGAUGCUCUCAGAAUGGACGCGCCAGGAAGAUCGGCGACCAGUUUUGCUGCCCACUUCCUUGAGAGACCGCUUUCCCGACGGCACGCUGAUCCGGGUGAAGUUCUCGGAGAAGCCCGAGCUGCCGCGGCCUGGCAUUGAAUUGGCGCCAUUGAAGUUCUACAUCCGAGCCCACACAGAAUCCUACCAGGCGGGGGUGCGAGGGCUGCUGGACAAGAAGGCGCAGCUGGAGAAGGCCAAAGACAGCGCGGCUCGGAGCAAGAAGGGCGCUGCAGAUUUGCAGAACGUGGUCAUGGUCAUCAGCGACGUGUACAUGUCCAAGCGCCCGCCGGCUUGCGACCUUUGGCACCUUCACCUCGCCAUGAUGCAGCAGAGGCUGCGGCCUUUGGCCUGCCUUUACCUUCGCCUGGUUUUUCGAGAGCAGCUCGUGGGCGCGGACGGCCGGGCGGUCUCCUCGGGCACCGUGGGGGUGAAGACCACGGUGACCUUCAGGUCCUCGAGCACGCACAUGUUCCUCCUGAUCGAAGUCAGCGCGGAGCUGUUUCGGUACGGCCUCAUGGGCCUGCCAUAUUGGCAGAUGCUGCUGGACUGCCUAGGCCAGUGCAUCGAGCGCGUGUGCACGGUCUCGGGCAAGCGCAUCAGCCACUACUUGCGGAUCGUGCUCUUUGCGCGGCGGCGGCCCACCGUCGCCACGCCGGAGCGGAGGCCGCCAAACCGGAAGGAUUUCACAGCCUUCGGGCCGCCUGGGAAUCACCAGGACUUCUACGACGUGAUCUUCGAGGGCUACACCUCGGCGCUGCCCUCGCAGCAGGAGCUAAGGAGCCGCGUGUCCAACAUUUUCCUCACCCUGCUGGAGGAAGAGGAGAAGUACAAGAAGGAUCCGGAGUCCUGGGUCAAGCAGCGCUCAGAGCAGGGCCUGCAGGGGCUGAAUGGCCAAAAUUCCGCAAGCCCCUGGCAGAGCAUGAGGGCUGGUGAGCUGGCGGAGUCGCACGAAGGCUGCAUUUUGGAGUGCCUGAAUCUGGCGCUGGACCAUUUCGAUGCCCACCAUCUGGACCGGCUGCUGAAAGUCAGCGGUCAGGUGGUGGUCAUCAUGACGGCCGGCAGCGGCCUAAUCAACACCCCCUGCAAAGAGCUGUACUUGCUGACGAACCGACGUUGCAUCUCGGCGGGGCACAGCUCCUUCCGCAUCAUCGGGGUCCGGGACCCGCCGUGGCACCGGGUGCCGUGGAUCCAGUGGCCGGGGAGCCCCUCCAUCUCGGAGCUGGUGAUCCCCACGCGGCAGCCGGACCCAGAAUGGGAGGGGGACACCAGGCUGACGCCCUUUCCAGCCUGGCUCUCCUACAUCUCAUACCAGGAAGCGGUUUUCUGCCCUUGCCUUGAGAACCGAGACUGGCUGAAGGCGGUCUUCCUGCCGCUGUUGGACGGCUCCAUGCCGGACACCAAGGCCCCAGUGCCCGCCUGGGGCCCACAGCUCUGCAGCUUGGAGAACCAGCCCACCGAGCGCCAGGAGAUCCCGGACGUGUCUCCGACCUCGAUGCCGCACUUCCAAGAGAGCGACUCCUUGCGCGCUUUCCGGGUCUUCUCCAACCAGAAGACCUGGGACGAGAUCAGGCUACCGCAGUUACGUUCGCACAUCGGGGAGCCCAUUACCACGAGGCCGGACCCUCCACCGGGCGCCUACUCUGUGAACCCCGCGCGCUUCGGGGAGGAGGGCGCCAAGCUGGACUUGAUGUACGACUUCGUCGGCCUGCGUUUGGCAGCGCUGGGGGGGACCCACAUCAACCGCUGGGAGGGCUCCUGUGAGGAGCUCGUCAACGUGGACGAGAAGAAUCAAGUCAAAGAGCCCUGGCAGGCGCACGGCAGCCGGCUGCCCAAGUCGCUGCGCAACUUGACGGUUUCGGCCGCCUGUGGCUCGCAGUGGAGGUUCGAGCCCACGAGCUCUGGCAUCAAGGUCGCGCGGCACGAGCGCUUCGACCGGGACAAGUUCCGGGACAAGGCGACCAGCUUCCUUUAUGAGCAGUACUUUGUGCACCUGUCUUCCUGGAACGGGCCUCACUGGAUCGAGUCUCGCAGCGUAUUCCAUAUGCAAGAGCGCCUCGACUGGAACUUCCUGGACCACGUCCUGGCAGGAGUCUAUGACAUCCCCCCGGCCUUGCCCUACCCAGUGGACAGAGCCCAGCUGAACGAAGAGCGCCUGCCCCGCCGUGAUACCUCCACCAGAUCCCUUGCGGGCGACCGCCGCGAUGGGUGGCAGCUCCGAGGAGCUCUCAAGCAGCACAUGCUGAUCUUGAUGCCCCAGUCGCACUUGGCUUCGUCACACUCGGAGAUGAUGCGGUGCAUCCUCAGCAAGCUCGGAGGCCAGAUUUCCAUAGGCAAAGACCCGUUCGACGCCUUUGAAGAGAUUGGCGGCUUCGAGAAAAACCAGGAGCUGCUGUUGGAGGCGCUGAAAGAGCGCCAGCUCUGCGCGUCGGGCUCCAUCUCCCGGCAAGUCUCGCGUCAGCUCUCCGGCGGCUCCAGGCUCCUUCUGUCCGUGGCAGCGGCCACGGACACCGAGCGCAUCAUGCGCGUGGAGGCCAAGGUGGACGCCUUUGGGGAGGCGCAGCUCUCCCGGCGGGCGCACGGCCAACACGUGCUGGCGGCCGACCAGGGCAUUGCCCAGAUGCACGAGUUCGCGUCAGAGGGGCACGAGGUGGAGGAACAGGCGCCGGAGGCGCCCAAGGAGGCGCCCGGCACCACGCUGUACCCGGCGAACCCCAAGGGCCCUCUGGCCAUCGACGACAACGCCUGGACUCUGCUCUUCAAGGCCAAGCUGGGGGCCUUGUUCCCGGUGCUGAUCCUGAUCAUGCUGGCCUUCUCUUUGCUGUGCCUGAGCAGUUUCACGCUGCUCAAGGCCAAGAAGCCGGAGGGGGAGGAGGCGGAGGAGCUGAAGGCUCAAGAGGUGGGCCCUGAGGCACUGGAGGAGGACUUGUACGGCCUCGCCAUCGCCUCCAUCGUCAGGGACUCCAGGUCCUACUGCAAGGGCUACUCCACCGCGGGGCUGAUGCUGGCGAGGAUGGGGGUCUCAGUCAUGAUCCUGGUGCUCACGCUCGUGCUGCAGGUCUACCUCAUGGCCAGCCUGAAAGCUCUGGUGACCUCGGUGGCCGUGAAUCAGAUCCGCACGGUCUACGACCAAUACGAGAUCAUCAUGUAUGGCAACGACACCUCGCGCAUGGCGCGCACCGCCAACGGGUUCCACAGGGGCAGGGACCCCUACUUCAACCCGAAGAACUUCGAGCUCCUGGACGAAGAGCAGAAGGAGCAGGUGUGCCAGAUCCCUUUGUCCCAGCCCACCUUCUUCAUGACUCUGCUCACCAUUUGGACCUUCACCGUGGUGGCAGACAUGCGGAAGACCUUCGACAUGUGGAUCCGCGUGGCCAAGGUCACCCCAACGGUGGAGUCCAUGAAGAACUCCAUGGAGCCCGUGGAAGGCUCCGAGGAGAUGGUCAUCGUGGGGCUCACCAUGCCCGUCAAGGUAGCGCUGUCGGUGGUGCUCUUUUUGCCCCGUUUCCUGGUGGACGCCUAUCUGCUGUGGCUGGGCUGCCGCUGGCUCACCGCCACCCCCAGCUUUGAGGACGUGAUCCUCAACGCGGUGGCGCUGGAGUUCAUCCUCGUGCUGAACAACGUGGUCUUCAGCACGGUGGUGCCGCUUCAGAGCAUCGUGGACACGCGGAACACCCAGCUCCAGCCGCAGCACAAGGAGCUGCAACCCACCGCGCGCUCUGUGCUGGCCGCCUUCUCCUGGGGCAUCGCUUCCAUGGGGUGGGUCUUGCUCUACAUGUACCUCCUCCAGGCAGUGUUGCCGCAGUACCGCUGGGACGUGCGGGACGUCUGCAUCGAGUUCCUGGAGUCGAAGACGGUGGGGGGACCCUUCGAUCCCAGGGAAGCCUCCGAGAAGCCACAGGAAAAGGACCGCAACACGGAGAUCACCACUUUGUACUGGGAGGCCAAGCCCGAGGAGCAGCCGGACUAUCAGCCGGAGGUGUCCCGUGCCACCACCAUGCCGCAGUCGGGCUACCUUGUGCAGGACGAGGUGGACCCUGAUGCGGACAGCAGGCAACUCAUGGAGGACUUUGUGAAGCUGAACAGCGACAUGAUCCAGCGGUUCAAGGAGUUCUUGCAAGGCAUGAAGAAGCUGUGCUUUGGGCGCCUGCCGCGGAAUCGCUUCGACGCAAAGUCCAUGGGGGUGGACACCUCGAUGCAGAAGUUCACGGUGGGUCGGAAGCAGCUGGACGUCACCGUGCGCCACGCCGAGUUGGAGAGCUCCUUUAGCCAGAGCCGUGACUGGUUCGGCAUCUUCUACGACGACGUCUACUGCCCGCCCAAGUUCUUCCACAUGGUGGUGGAGUGGAUCGCCUGUUCAUCGGUGCACAUGUCCUCCUUCCUCACGAAGCUGGACAAGCUGGCGGCGCAGCACGGCUUCCGCCUGCUGCGGCUGCCCAUCGGCGUGCUGUUUCCGCAGCCCGCGCCUUCCUGGAUUUGGACCUCCGACCAGGAGACGAACUUCGAUCGCUUGCCCUUCUACCCUCGGCAGAGGAUCAACCUGCCGCCGGUGUCGGGCUCACAGAAGGAGCUCUACGCCAAGCUGCUGGAGGCCUGGCUGCGGCCGCCCCUGAACUUCCACUUCAUCUUCUCCUCGCCCAUCCAGGACUUCCAGGUCCACCUCAAUGUGGCGGAGGAUGUGGGGAGAUGCCCCACCAAAGAGGUCUAUCAGCGUCUGAAGGGCUGGACGCUUUGUGACUCAGAGGGCUUGUGUUUGGCCACCCUCCGGGAAGAAUGUGUUUUCUUCUUCGAGAACCACCUGGCCCUGUACGGCUCCCGCAACGAGGAGCGGGUGCAGUCCUGCCUGCGACGGGCCGCCAAGGUGCGGAGCCUCUUCUUCGAGAUCUCCACGGCGGUGCUGGAAUCGCAGCAGGCCCCCAAGCUGAAAGGCCUCACGUGA